GUCGUGAACGUGUCGCAGUCCUCUGCUAAAGUCCCUGAUGUUCCCACGUCUCUGAAUCAUGUCUGAAGCUGGUGUGGUGUACGCAGAUGUGAAGUUCAAGGACAAAAGGAGGGCACAACAACACAACAAUGCUUUCUCAGAGGACGAGACCACAUAUUCUGAGGUGAAGAUCAACAAAACUCCACAAAAUGACCCACCCGAGGGAUCCUGUGGUACGGGGUCAGCUGGGGGGUCAAAGGUCAGCUCAGGCGGCUGUAAUCGAGAGCGAGCGGCCUUGGUGGUUCUCUCUGUGAUCUUGGCAGCAGCUCUCGCUGCUCUCGGCUUUCUCUAUAAUGAUAACAUGCAGACCAAGCAACACCUCCAAAUAAUGACAGCCAAGCACGACGCCGUGAAGAAGAAUCUCACCGACACACUUUCUCAGCCAAAAAAAUGCGAUGUGGUACAACCUUCUUGUCGACCACCCACUGAAGAUGGAACAUGUUUCAAAUGUGAUCCUGACUGGGAGCCUCACGGAGAUAAGUGCUACAGAUUCCUCACUGAAAAGUUAACAUGGGAUCAGAGCAGGAGCAAGUGUGAAGAACUGGGCGGACACCUGGUGAAGAUCGACAGCCAAGAUGAACAGUGCUUCUUGGAUUGGACACUUAUAGAUAAAAUGGAUGAGGCUGAAGACAAGUUCUGGAUUGGACUGACAGAUCAAGUGACAGAGGAUGAAUGGUUGUGGGUGGACGGCUCAAAGCUGGACGAAAGUUUAGCAUUUUGGAAUUACGGUGAACCUGAUAACUGGAGAGAGAAGAAUCCUGAUGGAGAAGACUGUGCAAGAAUGGGGGAGAAAGGAGGUGCUCCAGAUCUGAAGUGUUGGCGAGAUCAAGACUGCAAUAAGCCUCAAAAAGGUGUUUGUGAGAAAACACCAUCAAUGGGAAGAGUUAAGUUUAAUUGUGAGUGAAGCCCACUUCAGUUUGACUACUGUGCCUGUUUAACAAACUGGAGGUUUUCCCCAAAACUCAGCCCUUUACAAAUGUCUUACGACUGCAAAAUACAUGGAUUACUAUAUAUUACAUAUCACUUUGUACUGCCAUAUGACCUAAUA